ACUCCUAUUGUCUUUGUACCUGCAGAAGUUUAUGGUGAGGAGGAGACUGAUGACCUGACCCCCGAUCAGUGGCAGGAGGCCUGCUGGAUCGUCAUCAGCUCUUACUUUGAUGAGAAGGGUCUCGUCCGUCAGCAGCUGGACUCCUUCGAUGAGUUCAUCCAGAUGUCGGUUCAGAGAAUCGUGGAGGACUCACCAGCUGUUGAUCUGCAGGCCGAGGCUCAGCAUUUAACCACUGAACAGGAAGUGCCUACAAGAUACCUUCUGAAGUUCGAGCAGAUCUAUCUCUCCAAGCCAACUCAUUGGGAGAAGGAUGGCUCACCGAGUCCUAUGAUGCCAAAUGAAGCUCGUCUCAGAAAUCUCACGUAUUCUGCUCCAUUGUAUGUUGAUAUCACAAAGACAGUACUCAAGGAUGGAGAGGAUCCACAAGAAACUAUCCAUCAGAAAACCUUCAUUGGGAAGAUUCCCAUCAUGCUUCGCUCGACGUACUGCCUCCUCAAUGGACUCACAGAUCGUGAUCUGACAGAAUUGAACGAGUGUCCCCUCGAUCCCGGAGGCUACUUCAUCAUCAACGGCUCUGAGAAGGUUCUCAUCGCCCAAGAGAAGAUGUCCACCAACUCGGUGUAUGUCUUUGCCAAGAAAGACUCCAAGUAUGCCUUCACUGCAGAGUGCAGAUCAUGCCUUGAGCAUUCAUCACGUCCAACCAGUACCCUCUGGGUUCAUAUGAUGGCCAAGGGAGGCCAGGGUGCGAGGAAGAGUGCGAUUGGUCAGAGGAUGAUAUCAGUACUACCUUACAUCAGACAGGAAGUACCCAUCAUGGUGGUCUUCAGAGCUCUUGGAUUCGUGGCUGAUCGUGACAUCCUUGAACACAUCAUCUACGACUUUGAUGAUCCAGAAAUGAUGGAAAUGGUCAAACCUUCUUUGGACGAGGCAUUUGUCAUCCAGGAGCAGAGUGUUGCUCUGAACUUCAUUGGAGCCCGUGGAGCGCGACCCGGUGUCACCAAGGAAAGACGUAUCAAGUACGCUAGGGAGAUCCUGCAGAAAGAAAUGUUGCCUCACGUUGGUGUCAGCGACUUCUGUGAAACCAAGAAAGCAUACUUCCUUGGAUAUUGUGUACAUAGAUUACUCCUGGCUACUAUUGGUCGUCGGGAGGUAGAUGAUCGUGAUCACUAUGGUAACAAGCGAUUGGAUCUCGCUGGUCCACUCCUAGCCUUCCUCUUCAGAGGGCUCUUCAAGAAUCUUCUCAAAGAAGUCCGCAUGUACGCUCAGAAAUUCAUUGACAAGGGCAAGGACUUCAACAUGGAGCUUGCCAUUAAGACUAGGAUCAUCACAGACGGUCUCAAGUAUUCCUUGGCCACCGGUAAUUGGGGAGACCAGAAGAAGGCCCAUCAGGCCAGGGCUGGUGUUUCACAGGUGUUGAAUAGAUUAACGUUCGUAUCCACUCUCUCGCAUCUGCGGCGACUCAACUCUCCCGUUGGACGUGAUGGAAAGUUAGCCCGCCCUCGUCAGCUUCACAACACACAGUGGGGUAUGGUGUGCCCUGCAGAGACCCCAGAGGGCCAUGCUGUAGGUCUGGUAAAGAACCUUGCCUUGAUGGCCUACAUCUCUGUGGGUUCACAACCCAGUCCUAUCCUGGAAUUCUUGGAGGAGUGGAGCAUGGAAAACUUGGAAGAAAUAGCCCCCUCUGCCAUCAACGAGGCAACCAAGAUCUUUGUAAAUGGCUGUUGGGUUGGCAUUCAUAGAGACCCUGAACAGCUGAUGAAUACCCUGAAGAAACUUCGUAGACAGAUGGAUAUCAUUGUAUCAGAGGUAUCCAUGGUAAGAGACAUCAGGGAGAGAGAGAUCCGCAUCUUCACUGACGCUGGCAGGAUAUGUCGCCCUCUCUUGAUCGUCGAGAACCAGAAGUUGUUGCUCAAGAAACGCCAUGUUAGCAUGCUGAAAGAGAGAGAAUACAACAAUUACAGUUGCGACACCAUGGAGGAGGAGACUGUCAUGUUGGCGAUGACACCCGAUGAUCUUCAGGAGAAAGGCAUGGGGUACUGUUCAACCUACACCCAUUGCGAGAUUCAUCCAUCCAUGAUCUUGGGCGUCUGCGCUUCUAUCAUUCCAUUCCCUGAUCACAAUCAGUCUCCCCGUAACACCUACCAGUCUGCUAUGGGUAAGCAAGCCAUGGGUGUCUACAUCACCAACUAUCACGUACGUAUGGAUACCCUGGCCCACGUGCUAUACUAUCCCCAGAAGCCCCUCACCACCACCCGAUCCAUGGAGUACCUUCGCUUCAGGGAACUGCCUGCUGGGAUCAACUCGGUGGUUGCCAUUGCCUCCUAUACAGGAUACAACCAGGAAGAUUCUGUCAUCCUGAAUGCCAGCGCCAUCGAUAGAGGCUUCUUCAGAUCUGUUUUCUAUCGGUCUUACAAAGAUUCUGAAUCCAAGUCAGUUGACAAAGAUGAGCUGUUUGAGAAACCAUCUAGGGAAACGUGCCAAGGAAUGCGGAAUGCAGUUUAUGACAAGCUAGAAGAAGAUGGAAUCAUUCCUCCAGGUACCAGGGUGUCUGGUGAUGAUGUCAUCAUUGGCAAGACAUGCACCCUACCGGAAAAUGAAGAUGAGCUUGAAGGUACAAGUCGACGCUUCACCAAGCGAGAUUGCAGUACUUUCAUGAGAUCUAGUGAGACUGGCAUCAUUGAUCAGGUCAUGGUUAGCAUAAAUCAAGAUGGCUACAAGUUCUGUAAGAUCAAGGUAAGAUCUGUGAGAACACCUCAGAUAGGAGAUAAGUUUGCCAGUCGUCACGGUCAGAAAGGAACAUGUGGAAUCAAGUAUAGAGUAGAGGAUAUGCCAUUCACCUGUGAGGGAAUCACUCCAGACAUCAUCAUCAACCCCCACGCUAUCCCAUCCCGUAUGACCAUCGGUCAUUUAAUCGAGUGUCUACAGGGUAAGGUGUCGUCCAACAAGGGUGAGAUCGGAGAUGCCACGCCCUUCAACGACUCCGUCAACGUCCAGAAGAUCUCUAAUCUCCUCCACGAGUACGGCUACCACCAAAGAGGAAAUGAGGUUCUCUUCUGUGGGUUCACCGGACGUAAGAUCAGCACACAGAUCUUCCUUGGUCCCACCUAUUACCAACGAUUGAAGCAUAUGGUUGAUGACAAGAUACACUCCAGAGCCAGAGGACCUGUACAGAUCCUCAACAGACAGCCCAUGGAAGGAAGAUCACGUGAUGGCGGUCUUCGAUUCGGUGAGAUGGAACGUGAUUGCCAGAUCUCCCAUGGUGCCGCUCAGUUCCUGCGCGAACGUCUGUUUGAGGUUUCAGAUCCUUAUCGGGUUCACGUCUGUAAUUUCUGUGGUCUCAUGGCCAUUGCCAAUUUGAGGAACAACACCUUUGAGUGCAGAGGGUGCAAAAACAAGACACAGAUCUCUCAAGUCCGUUUGCCCUACGCCUGCAAGCUUCUCUUCCAAGAGCUCAUGUCAAUGUGUAUCGCCCCUCGCAUGAUGGUCCUUCCUGCAUAAAUUCACUGGCCUAUAUUCUGAAAAAAACGUUUACCAUUGUUUACAUUCAUGAUUAAACAUGAUUUACACUGCAUGUUUACCAUGAUUUACAUCCAAGUUUUACCACAGUUUACAGCCAGGCUUACCAUGUGUUACAUUCACAUUUUAUAUCCAGGAUUAAAUAUGGUUUAUACCCAAGUUUACUAUGGUUUACAUCCUAGUUUUGCAAUGUGUUUACAUCCGAGUUGUACAACGAAUUUACAUCUAAUAUUAAUCAUGGUUUAAAUACAAGGUUAAAUAUGGUUAACAUCCAAGGGUUACCAUGGUAUACGUGCUUGGUGUAUCCAAGAUUAAAUGGGGUUUAUACUCUAGUUUACGAUAAUUUACCUUCCAAGUUUUACCUAAUUUUUACAUUCAAUGUAUAGCAUGGUUUAUCAGAGAAUUCACAUUGUUUGCAUCCUAGGACUAUUAUGGUUUACUUCUAAGGUCUACUAUGGUUACAUUCAUAGUCUAAAUCUUAAGAUGGAACAUGGCUUAUACCUAAGGUUUACAUUUGUUUACACCUAAGAUUUAUUAUUGUUUACAUCCAAUGUUAAUCAUGAUUUAUGGCUAAGGUUUUACAUGGUUUACAUCCUAAGUUUACCAUAGCCCUGAUCACAUUUGCCUGGUUUUUUAUUUCGAUCUUACCAUUUAUUUACACUCUGCAAUGGUAUGUACCCUUAAACUCCCAGGUCUACUAUGGUUUACAUCCUAGUCUUACUAUAGGCAACAACUACCAUAUUUUACAUCCAAAGCCUUUCUGUGGUUUAUCAUGGUUUGCAGCAUCAUUUCACAAAAAUACCUUUUAUCGCAUUGAAAUUGAAUAGAAUGCAUUUUCUCGACCACUGCGAAAAGUGUAUAGAUAUUAUUUCUAUCACCAUUUUUAUACUAUGAUUCCUUGCAUCCAUGAUAAUUUUUUUUUUAAAACCAAACCAUCUCCUGAAUACCUGUACUUGGGAUUUAUUUUGAAAUCGCAAAUAACCCCUAUCAUAAAUUUCAUCACUUAAAGUUGUCAGGUGAGCAUAUCAUAUUUGCAAUGAUAGUAUAUUGCUUUGAUAGUAGUUUGUAAAAACAUGAUGCAGUUGAGCAGGCUCUGUUGUCAACAAAACUAUGGCUUUUGGUAACAUACCAGUAGAUAGAACAGUACAAUUGCAUUACUAAUGGCAUUCUGGAUGGCAAUCUGAGGCCUGUAUCACAAAACUUGACAAUGAUCGUAGUACAUUUUUCUACAGUUGAUUGCAUUGACUACAAUAUGUGAAAAUCAUGUAUACGAUUAAUUGCUAACUUUUGUGUUAAGGGACCCUGGGGCCCCUUUUCAUAAAACUUUUUGUGAUAACAAAUUUGCAAUAACAGCUAAAAGCCACAGAAAUCCUUCAAUCUGAUUGGCUAGAGUAAAUUUGUUAGAGAAAUUGUGAAUUUGUUAUUACAACAAGUCGUUAUGAAACAAGAUCCUGAUCUAUAUGUAGAAUUUGUAGAGUGUAUUGAUUGGAUGCAAGGUCUGUGGUAUCUUCUCUGAAAUGUUACAGAUUUUUAUGAAAAAUUAUUAAAAUGUUGAAUGUUCCAUGAAAUAGAAAUUGAUUAAGCAUCCACAGUAUUAUUCAUUUCAAGGAAAUGCCUUUAGGGUACUGCAAACCUUACAAUUGGUCUGGGAUGUCAUUUUGGAAUAAAAUGGUAGAAUUUGAUGCAAAUAUUGAGACAUGGAUCAUGUUUCUGUUCAAAGUUCUAAAUCAUUAUAUGAACACUUUUGUUCAAAUCUCUGACUAUGCUCACAAUCCUUAUUAUAAUAAUAGCAAAUGUAAUAUCUAGUUGUAAUGAUGUCAUUACAAUUGUAAGAUUGGCUACGACAUGAAAGCUACUUGGUCUUUACUCCAAAAUAAAGGCUUGCAUUCACCCAAUUGUUAUACUAGUAUACUUACAGUUGAUUUGAACCUCAAAUAAAAAGAUCAUUUUCAUUCAGAUUUUUUCAGGAAAUAAGCAAAAUGCAAUUUGUUCCAAAAUCAGAUAGUGGACCAAUCAUAAGGUUUGUCUUGAUCAGAUCCCCUUAGCAUUAAACUUACUGUAAUAGUACAUUUUUCAUCAAUGGUAAUUCCAUGCUAACUUUGAUUAUGAUUGGCUGUUUAACAGUCUAACUAUCAGAGUUAUCAUGAAUGAUAAAUUUUAUGUACCAGGUAUGUAAGAUUUGUGAGCAACAACAUAUUGGGAGUUUUCAGAAGUAGUAUGAAUCACCAGCAUCUUUUAAAGAAUGUGAAUUAUUGUUUUUUCCAAUAGGUUCAAGAAUAAACAUGGAUGUAGAUGUAUGGUGCCCUUGAACAAUAACUGUCUUUAUUUUCUUCUUUUAACUUGUAAUUUGUAAUUUUGAUAAUCAAGAUCUUCAUGGGUGACUGUGGGAGGUGGGGGGGGGAACAAGAGGACAUAUUCCCCCACCUGAAUUUCAAACUUUGCAUGGGAGAGUUUGUCUCGUCCCCGCUAAGUGAAAACAAAUCUCAAAAUAUAAUUGUGCAUGGAUGUCUUUAAUUGCAUUGUUCAGAAAUACGCUUUUCAUUUGUGUCUGUCUUAGGGCUUUAUGCUUGAAACAUCCAUAAAUAUAUGAUAUUUUUCAGAAAUUGUAAA